UAUAAAAGUGUCCCGCCGCCACACAUGCACACUUCGGGGAAACUUCCCAGCCGCGGCGGUGGCUAUGGGAGGAGCGCCCGCUCCCGCCGGCCACGCUCCGCCCUAAGGCGGGCAGCCCCGCGGCGGAGGGUGGCCGGGACACGCACCCCCCCCGCUCCCGCCCCGGCUCUGCCCACCGGCAGGAUGAGAGUGAACGGGAGCGAUCUGAACAGCACCGUCCUCCCGCGGGACCCGCCGGCCGAGGGCACCCCGCGCCGCCCGCCCUGGGUGACCUCCACUUUGGCCGCCAUCCUCAUCUUCACCAUCGUGGUGGACCUGCUGGGCAACCUCCUGGUCAUCCUCUCCGUUUACCGGAAUAAGAAGCUGCGGAACGCGGGAAAAAGGACACAGGAUGAAAAUUCCACCGGAAAAAGGUCAGGGAGGAACAGAAGAUACCUCCUGAAGAAAAAGUAUCUCACUGAAGACUUUUUUCCUCCUUUGCAAGAGAGGACUAACAGGAAUAAGGCGUAUUGAGUGAGCACUUUACCAAAAAGGUGGAUUUGGUGGGGGAAAACAUCUUGCAUCUCUGUCCCACUCUCUAUUAUAUAAAUAUUUUUGGAAGAUAACUACAAAUUGAACCUGUGGACUUUUGAUUAAAAAAAGUGCAUUGGGGAAUAGUAGGAAAGCCUAGAAAAACCUUCUCAACAAGUGGUGUGACCUUCCUGGCAGCCAGAAGGUUAGUAAAAGACACUGAUCAAAGCAGAGAAGUCAGUAUCUCAAAGAAGUUUGUCUCAGCAAGCGAGGAGUGUCUGAUACUACAGACUCCUUCAUAGUCACGAGCAUGGCUUCAGUAGAUGCUCUUCUAGACACAGAAGCUGAUGAUGCAACUGGUGAUCCUUGGACUUCUUUUUGUGCCCCGAGAGAAAAUGGCUAGCCUGAAAAAUAUUUGACUCAAGGGAGAUAACUUGUAGAAGAUCAAGUUGUAGCACAAAUUCAGGGUUCUGAUGAAAACUGAGAUGUUGGUGGCAAUGAACAUUAUUUCAGACAUGAAUAACUUCCAGUAUUAAAAAUGGAAAUGUGUUUGUUGUAAGCCUGGCAGUUGCAGACUUGGUCGUAGCAAUCUACCCGUACCCACUGGUCCUCACAUCUGUAUUUCACAACGGAUGGAAUCUGGGAUACCUUCACUGCCAGAUUAGUGGCUUCUUGAUGGGCCUAAGCGUCAUCGGAUCAAUCUUCAACAUUACAGGCAUUGCUAUCAAUCGGUACUGCUACAUCUGCCACAGCCUCAAAUACGACAAACUGUACAGCGACAAGAACUCAUUAUGCUAUGUUGCUCUUAUCUGGGUCCUAACAUUUGUUGCUAUCGUGCCCAACCUGUUUGUGGGAUCGCUACAGUAUGACCCCAGGGUCUACUCGUGUACCUUUGCACAAUCCGUGAGCUCGGCAUAUACAAUCGCAGUUGUGUUUUUCCAUUUCCUGCUUCCCAUAGCCAUAGUUACUUUCUGUUACUUGCGAAUAUGGAUCCUUGUUAUUCAGGUAAGGCGAAGGGUUAAACCAGAUAACAACCCUAGACUGAAACCACAUGACUUCAGAAACUUUGUAACCAUGUUUGUGGUAUUUGUACUGUUUGCAGUCUGCUGGGCUCCUUUGAACUUCAUAGGCCUUGCUGUGGCUGUCAACCCAGACACUAUAAUCCCUAGGAUUCCGGAGUGGUUGUUUGUAUCAAGUUAUUACAUGGCGUAUUUCAACAGCUGCCUUAAUGCUAUCAUAUAUGGACUCCUGAACCAGAACUUCAGAAGGGAAUACAAGAGAAUUAUUGUCGCUUUUUGUACAGCAAAAGUUUUUUUCCAGGAUAGUUCUAAUGAUGCGGGAGACAGGAUGAAAAGUAAACCUUCUCCGUUGAUUACAAACAACAAUCAAGUGAAGGUGGACUCUGUCUGAAAAUGGGAAUCUUCUUAUUGUCACUCAACAGCAUCCAAAUAAAGUAUCUGUUUUCUUAGAUUUACUAUUAAGUAUUAGUGAAAUAUCUCUUCUACACUGAAAGCACUUUGAUCAAAUUCUUGCAUGGUAUUUGGGAACUCAAGUUAAAAAGCCUUGUCAUACAGAUCCUAUUAUACAGUGGUAUAUCUCUCAUAUAACAACACAAUGAUAUCCUUGAGGGAAUUACAAAAUUAUGCAUGGAUACUUUUUUUCUUUUUUUUUUUUCCUUAAAUGGAGAUAAACAACUAGAAAGAGAAUGAAAUAGAAGUGUCCACAUUGCCUGGCUCAAUAAAACAAAUCUCAAAACUAUUCCUACCACUUUCUGCCUGCUUCUUCUGGCCAGGUUAUGGUCCUGAUCCUAAAGCCUCUAAGAACUUCUUUUAAAAGAUGAAGUCAGACCAGUAUGAAAUAUAUUAGGAAAUGCGAAGUGAGAAAUCAAGGUAAUUGAAAAUUCAUUAGGAUUUUGAUAAGUACCUCACCCUAUAUUGCUUUGCUCCUAACAUGGACGUGAUUAUUCAUUUUUUGGAGAUUAAAUCGCACCAGCCCUCCUAGGAAUGGCAUGCCCAAUUGAAUUUUCAAUUUUAAAAUAGAUUUUAGGAGGAGAAAUAUACCUGACUGAUUAUCUUCAAAGCUACAAGGGCAGGAGGAUAAACAGUAAGGAAAGAAAAGAGCCGUGAUUCAUCAGCUCAAGCUGUCUGGGCAUAAAAAAAGGUGUAGGAGGGGUGGGAAGAGAAAUAUAAACAACCGUUUUUUGUGAAGAGACAGUAAUUCAUGAAAUUGGGAAAUACCCCAGAGCUCCUAUGUGCUCCUUGAAAUAUAAGUGAGGAAGGAUCAUUCUCACUUGUGUACGGAACAGAAGUUCUAAGCCUCUGUAAGAAGAUGAUUAACGUAUUUAAGAGGAAUAGUGUGUGAGGAUGACAGUUUUGUCUGGUUAGUGGAAUCUUAACCUCAUGAAACCCUGGCAAAUGAGAAAUAUUUACAGGAUGAGCAUUUGACGUCUUUCUCAAUUUGUUCUGAGAAUAGCCUGAGGCUAUAGGUUAUUUUGCAAUCUGCCACAGAUAAGCUUUUCAAAACAAUAAUCAGGUGUUUACCACAAUGAUGAACCUAGAACAAUUAGACACACCAUUAAAUAAUAGAAAAGAGAAGAUGCUACUUAUGACCCUGGUAUAAGGAAGAACACGUGAUUCUCAGGACAGGACCUGCUAUGUGGACUUUCCACAGACAGCAGGCACCUCUUCAGUGAGGGGAAACAUACUGUGAAGUGAGGAAGAAGAGCCAGACAGGCUGUCUCCUGCAACAAUGAAUCUCUGCUUAUAAUGAAGUCCUGUGAUAGAGAAAAGCAAUUCACAACAAUAGGAUUCACCUUCAAAUUGACCUUAAAAAGAAGGAGCAUUUAGUUCUGGGAAGAUGCUCCAGCUGUCAGACCUUUUAAUGCUCAAGUGUUCAUACCUACACUGAAGUUCAAGUACACUUGAACUUUUCCAAGCCAAUUCCAAUCAUUUCAACUGGACUAAGAGUUUAUGAAUAGCCAUCAGACUUCUGCUAGUCUAUAUUAAAAUGUGUACUUUACCUAAACAGUUCAUUUAAAUUAUUACUUGCUGUACUGGAGAUUUUCUUGAACUUACAUGUCCUAGAAGUGUUCACUCUAUGUCAUAUAAUUCCUUAAACUGCAUACAAAUCUAACAGCAUUUCAUAUUUCUUGGAUCAUAGAUUAGUGUGUCCUUGACUUAAUAAUGAACUAAAAGGGAAGAGAUUCAUAUUUACUUGAAAAUCCCACUGACACUUCAUCAACUGACAAAUUUCUUACCUUAGAAACAGGUGCCUCAUGUCAAGUUGACAAUGGAACUAAUGAACGACAUUGUAAAACCCUGGAGAUGAACUAGCAAGUCAACGCAUUGCCAGGGUGCUUGACUCAUCUUUGUUUACAUUUGCCAGUCAGAACCACUGCGUAAAUAACCAGCUCUCUUCUAUUGUGGUAUGAUGUGAUAUGAUACAACAUGAUGAACAGCAUAAAGUAUAUCACAGCUUUCUUCACUGUGAUUUCAUCCUUGGAGGAUGCUUAGCUCUGUAAUUUUAUUGCUUUGUGUGUAGUGAUUUCAGAAUAGCAAGGGAGGCAUGACCACCUUAUAAGAAAAGAAGCUUUUCAUGUAAGAAAAAACACUAUUUAAAUUCUUACAAAACUUGCCUUAUUUAAAGCAUAUUUUCAAUGAAAAUAAUGUCUUACAAUGCAUCUAAUGAAGUAGCAUAAAGAUAGCUUAAUUAUUAGUAAAUUUAGAAUUCUCAAAGAUCUUUCACUUGCCAUUUCCAACAGAAAAUGUAUCGUGUCUACUUAUUUAUGAGCCAGUUCAACAUACUGUAGCCAAUAUUGUGGGUUAUCUGAGGAAUUAAAGUCCCCUGUAAUUCACAAGUGCUAAAAUAUAUUUUUGAUGAUAAUGAAAAUGGUUUGCUAUAUGCAAUACAACAUAUUAUACCAAAGUUAUAUAUUUUAUUGAAUAGGCCUGUAAUAAAACUGGAGAGCAUUUUUCACAUCUGAUAUUUUGAAAUAUUUGUAUUAAAUCUUAAUCACAGAAAUGUGCAUGUUGGUGAUGUUAUAAGCUGCUAAAUAUAGCAAUAAUUUUAAGAAAUUAAUCUCUUGUUCUUCUUUGGUGGGAGGGAAGAGUGUUAGUCUUUAGAAUUUAGUUUAAAUUAAUAGGGAUGAAAAAUUUGAGAACUAUCUGCUGCCCUCU